AAUGCACAUUUUCUUAGAAGAAUACCUUCUGAUAGGCAGGGGAGGUGGUUCAUUAUCUUACAUGAGUCUGAAGAUCAAUAAUUAUCUCCUGUGUCGGGAGUACUUGAGAGAAUAGAAACACAGUCCAUCAAAAGAAUAAUUUGGGGGCUAAAUUGAACCUCAUCCCAGGUAAUGUUUCCUUGCAUUGCUGGUUACAAUUUGCAAAGUCAGAGUGUUGGAUCUAAUCACUGAUAUGACAAAUCUACUGACCAACAACUGAUGUCCAACAGGACAAAGUGAGAGCUCUGUCAUUGUUUUGGACUCCUAAUGAUUGUAAUGUUUAUCUUCUCUCCAACCAUCCUUCCUGUAAUGAGUUUUGCAGCUGGUUAAAUGGAUUGUCACUCAAGUGAGAUUCAUGCAUUUUUAAAUGUUGCUAAGCCUCAUGAAAAAUAUGACACUCUAGCAGGAAGCUUUGCUAUGUGGCUUCGUGCAACAUGGGCAGCUGAGCCCAAAGCAGAGGGACUUUAGAGUUGUAUUCAGAAAGUGUCAGAGGCAGUUGGUGUUGUGCAUCCAGGCUGCCAUGUGCAGCGUGACUUAACUCUGCCUGAUAAAUUAUGACAUUUCUUGAAAUAGUGCCCUGUACUUUUUAAUGAGCUGGGCUAUCAGCUCUGCAUCAGUGGAUGGUUAAAAUGAAGCAAGAAUUGCUUUAACAUUAAAACUGUGCCUGGAGGACUUCUCUGAGAAAUUGCUUAUGAUUAUUAAGUGAAUAUAAUACAGUAAGACAACCUUGCUUCUUUGCUGUUCUUUUUUUCAUAGCAAGUGCAGUUUCGGAAGUUGAAAAAUGUACAGAUGGAAAGUAAUGUUUAAAUGGGAAUGGCUUUGAAAGUUGUGCUGUGCUCUCUCCCUUUGAAUGGGGAUAGGGAAAAGAGCACUUUCAGACCAUGUUAAAGACUAAGUUGAAUGUCCUAACUCUUCGUAAAGAGCCUCUCCCGACAGUGAUCUUCCAUGAACCAGAAGCCAUUGAGCUGUGCACCACAACUCCCCUCAUGAAGACCCGGACUCACACUGGAUGCAAGGUUACGUAUUUGGGUAAGGUUUCCACAACAGGGAUGCAAUUUUUGUCAGGCUGCACGGAAAAACCAGUCAUCGAAUUGUGGAAGAAGCACACGCUCACCAGGGAGGAUGUUUACCCAGCUAAUGCCCUUCUGGAAAUUCGCCCUUUCCAAGUCUGGCUGCAUCACCUGGACCUGAAAGGUGAGGCGACAGUGCACAUGGAUACGUUCCAGGUAGCACGUAUAGCCUACUGCACCGCUGACCACAACGUCAGCCCAAACAUCUUCGCCUGGGUCUAUCGCGAGAUCAACGACGACCUCUCCUACCAGAUGGACUGCCAUGCUGUGGAGUGUGAGAGCAAGCUGGAGGCCAAGAAGCUGGCCCAUGCCAUGAUGGAGGCCUUUAAGAAGACUUUUCACAGCAUGAAAAGCGAUGGCCGGAUCCACAGGAACAGCUCAUCGGAGGAAGUGUCUCACGAAUUUGAAUCUGACGAUGGCUGACUGAACUCAUUCACAGUUCAGCAAAGGCAGAAAUGGCUUAGGGAAUGAGAGCUGAUAGAUGAAUAAGCAACAAUUGAAACUGGGUAAUGAAAGGACUGCCAAACACUUGUCUGACCAGCUUUUUAAAUCAGAAGAGCAAUUUGGUACCUACAGAUAUGCAUCAUUAAAGAAAUUACGUUGCAUUGCAAUCUGCUGCUGUUAUAGAAGUGAGAAAAAAAUCUCCCCCCCACCCCACCCUGUCACCCACCCAUCACUGUCCCAUUUUUGUCUCUGUAGUUCAGGUGCACACCAUGAAGUGCAGUCAUUCCUCUUUGUCUUAUGAGACUGGUCAGGCAAUUUUAUUAGUUGCUUCUCUGGCAUUCCUAGCUGCGGGCUGAUGCACAAGAGCAAGUAGGCCUGGAAAGCCCUAAUGGUUCCUGAAGAAUCUUUCCCCAUGAUACAUCACACAAAUCCUUUGACUGUAGGUAGGCUAAGACAGCCAUACAUAGCCUUUUAGACUAAUGGCCUGGCAUUCUGCAGUUAAUUCACAUUUCACAGAUAAAAAAUGAAAGAUGCUUGUAUGUACACAUUUUAUCAUAUGCUAUUCUUUAUUUUAUUCAUUGUACCUAUUUUCUUAAUGUACCUGCUGCCAUGUCUUUCACCCAUCACCAGUAGUUGCAGUUUCAGACUGUGUACUGCAGGAUACCAAAAAGGGGUGGGCAAAAAUACUCCCUGUGGCUGGGGGUUCAGCAAGUCAGCCCUGCUGUCUGUGCAUUAUCCUACCCUGAUGUGCUCUGCAGGAGGGGCCUGCUGGGAAGAGUUGAGGGACCCUUGGGUGUGUCAGUGUUUGAACUGUGGCUUCUCAUCAACCUCUGGUCUGAUGAGAUCUGAGCAUGGUGGGCACAGCUCUGUGUCCCCACUUCCUGCAUUGCUGGACUCUGGUGGGAUGGAGCUGGCAGUGCCUCACCACACAGGGCUGCCUCACUGUAAAGAUCAAAGGAAAUGGUCCCUUAGGAGUCAGCUUUGAACAUCUGUUCUGGUUGAGAACCUCAUGUUAAGAUUCCCGUAUCUUUCCUUGUUCACAGAUAUAAGGUCAUGCCUUUCUUAAAUGCAGAUGUUUAAUAAAACUCAAAUAAAGGAAAAACUUGUUUCACUUGAUAUUUUUUAAGGCUGAGAGCAGAUCAAUAGUUUGCAAGUAAUGCUGCUCCUUUGUACAAUGUUGUUUGUAAUUAUGGUAGUGUUAGGGGCACUAGGGCACCUUACAGAAGCCUUAAAAGAAAGCUAAUCCAAGCAGAUAGCUCUGUGUCUGUGUUUUGUGUCUCUGUGUUUGUAUGUGAGAGUGUCUGUGUGAGUCCAGUGGUAAAGCAUGUAGAUUGAGCAUGGAGAUGUAUUGAGGAGGGCCCAUACCUCUUGAAAAUAUGCUUGUUGCUUUACAAUGUAUGUAAACUGUUCUCCAGCAUAAAUGCAUUCAUACUUUAAUAAAAAAAGUUUUGAGUUAAA